CAGUUAAUGGGUUGAUUAAAUUAAAACCUUUUAUUUUUUUUAUGUUUUAGUUUAGAUUUAUACAAAUAUCAUAAAUUUGUAUGUAAUUUAAUUAUUGCGAAUGUGGUUCGGCGAAUAGGUAGAACUAAAAUCAGUCAAUAUGUUUGGAUAUAAAUUCCAUUUUGUGCGCAGAUUCUUCAGAAGAUUCAUGAAACCAAUGACUGUUGAAGAAGCUGAGGCUAAGAAAGCAUUACUCUCAAAAGCAUACUUUUUUAUAAGUUUGAUGACGUUUGGUUCUGUCCUAUACCAAGUGAAACAAGGUCGCCUUAAUUGGAUGGAAACCGAAGGAUUAAUUCCAAACGAUGAAGCCAAACUCUCACCUGCUUUUCAAUAUGCUAGGAUGCUAGGAGUUGAAAAGGCUACUGUUAUCAGAAUUAAAGGUACAAAUGUUUUGGGUACUAAAGAGUACGAUAAGGAAUCAUUUGAUCCAACUCAACACAUACUCGAAGAAGAAAAUUCUCCCAAAGACCCUGAAAGAAAAUUUUUAAAACUAUAAUUUGAAUUGUAUAUUAGUCUAGUCUACAAAAUUAUUGAAAUUUGUAUAAAAAUGAAUACACUUUAUUUACAUAUGUUAUA